GGUCAGUCACCACUUCACGUGGCGUGUGCCCAAGAUUGGGCAGAAGGCGUCAAUUUUUUGAUUCAGCAAGAUGCUGAUUUGAACCUGCGCGACGAAAACGGCGUCACCCCGUUGAUGGUCUGUGUGAAACUCAAGGCGCAAAGCUGCCUCAUGCCACUGCUGCGCUCGACGCGUCACUACAUUUUUCUCGAGGCCAACAAGGGACCAUCUCGCCUGCGUGCGCGCAAGGCCGAUGCCCCGGCCGCCUUGUUGCGGGCCGGCCAGCGCUUGCCCUUUACCGUUGUCGAUGCCACAGACCAACAAGGGUGGACUGCGUUGCACUACGCCGCUGCUACGGGCAACAUGGCUGCUGCCAUGGCGCUUCUGCGGCAUCAGGCCAACGUGAACGCGGCGAACAAGCACGGCGCGACGGCACUGCACCUGGCGGCACGGGAGCAUCACGAGCCCGUCAUUCGAGCCCUGCUACAACACGGCGCAGAACGGCACAUUGUUGACGACUCGCUGCGAUCGGCCCAUGAC